GGGGUCAAGCACGUUUCUCUCUGAAACUCACACGGGGAUCUUGCAUGGCUAAUGUAAUGCAUGCAGACAUGGGGGAGAUAGAAACAGAGCCAGUGCGACCAAAAGUAACAGAUGCCAAGGGUAUUCUCUUACAGAAUCGAGAGUUCCUUGACUUCUUCUGGGACAUUGCAAAAUCCGAACAGGAAAUACGAUUAAAAGCGAUUGAGAAUCUCGUAGAGUAUUUAAAAAACAGUAAUAAGCCUGAUGAGUUGAAGUACACCUUGAAGAGGCUGGUAGACGGGCUGGGCCACACCAGGGAGAUUGCCAGGCCCGGGUUCAGCUUGGCUUUGGGUCAGGUUCUGAGCGUGUUUGAAGAUGUUCCUCUGCAGAGCGCUCUGGAUCUAAUAAAAGAGAAGCACAACCUGGAGACUGUUAAGAAGAAACUGAUCAGAAAUGCGUUGUUUGGAAACUUCUUUGGUGUGCUUGCCCUCUCUCAGUCCAACCGUCUCUCCAAGGAACCCCAGGUGGUGUUGCAGUGUGUGCAGCUCCUCCAGAGUCUCUCUCAGCACAGGGAACACCUGAAGGAUCUUCCUAGGAAGACCAUGGUGGACAUCCUCAACGAGACCCCCGUGGAGGUGUUUGAGGAGGUGUUGCUGAGGGCUCUUAAGAGUGACCUCUCAUCGGCCUUCAGCACCCCAGAGCAGCUGCAGCUGCUGCUGGUGGCCCUCCAGCGCUUCCCACAGGUCCUCAAGCCCAAGAAGCUCAACAAGCUGCUGGGGACCUCCACCAUCGUCACCCCCGACAACAUCCCCAAGCUGACGGAGGUGAUGAGGAUCGCGGCUCGCUCGGUGAAGAAGGACAAGCAGCUCCCAGGCGUGGCUCUCGACCUCCUGCAGGUGUCUCUGAAGGAGAAGAACUUCGAGCUCUUCUGGAACGAGACCAUCAUCAACGGCAUGCUCAAAGACCCGCCGGGCCCCACGCAUUACCUGGCGUUCCGUCUGCUGGGCAGUGCCCUGCCCCUGCUGUCCCUGUCCCAGAUCAAGCAGGUGCUGUCCGGGGAUGUGAUGAGGCACUACGGGGAACACGUGGUCUCUGCCCAGCUCCCUGACCGCUUCAAGUUCGCCCCGGAGAUGGAGACCAACGUGGGCGAGUUCCUGCGCGGCUGCCCGGACGAGGACAAACAGAUGGCUGUGAUGAAGGGCUUCUCCCUGCUCACCAACCAGGGCUACCCGGUGGUGCCCUCCGUGUGGAGGGUGGUGUCUCACCUUCAGCCCCAGGUCCUCCGGAGCUACGUGUCCUGGCUCCAGGACAUGUUCCUCCACCCACACAUGGACGCCUGUUUGGACUUCAGCACCCGCAGGCAGAAGGAGAACCAGGAGGAGGGAGGCCAGAAAGAGAGCUCCAUAUUCCGUCUGCGGAAAUGGAUCAUUCCACGCCUCGUCUCAAUAGUGGAGAACAGCCAAGUGAAGAAGGAGGAGGAUUUGGUGAUGGAUAUUGCCAGGUUUGUGUUCUUCCACGCGUUCUUCAGUGCAGCGAAGGCCACUCCAGACAUCCCUGAGACAAACGGCGUCCUCUCCGUACCUCUGGACGACCGCACUCGCGCUGUGCUCGUCAACGGCUGCUUUGGCAUCCUGCAGCACAUGAACCACCUGCCCGUGCUGGGGGUCUCCCUGGAGACGGAGGCCCUCAACCAGCGGCGUGUCCGCGGGGUGCGUCUGGACGGCUCCAUGUGGAUCUACUUCCUGGUGCAGUUUGCUGACAGCCUGCUGAAGCAGCCCCAGCACGCCUGCUCCCUGCGGCCCUUCAGCACCCUGCAGAGACAGGCCUGGGACAGCAUGCUGUCGUCAGUGGCAACGCUGAGGAAGAGAGCAGAGAAAGCCAACAGCCCGGAGGGGCGGGUCUUCCAGCAGCUCUUCCUGCUCGUUGGCAUCCACCUGUUCAAGGCUCCGGAUGAUUUUGUGGAGCUGAUGACAGACCUGCAGAGCUGCAUGCAGAAGGCCCAGGAGAGGAAGUCCAAGAGGAGGAAGAAGUCAGGAGCGGAGGGGGAGGAGGAGGAGCCGCACUGGGCGGAGGUGGUGGUGGACAUCCUGCUGUCGCUGCUCUCUCAGCCCAGCCGUCACAUCCGGCAGGUCUGCAAGACCGUGUUCACGGACAUCUGCCCUCACGUCACGGCCCGCGCGCUCAAUGCCAUCCUGGACGUUCUGGACCCGGACAAGGAUGAGGAGGAUAGCGCCGUGGUGGUGACCGACGACGGGAAGAAAAGCAAAGACGACGACCAGGAUGAAGACAUGGAGGAGGAAGAUUCUGACGCAUCAGAAGAUGAGUCAGACGAGGACGAGGAUGACGAUGAUGACGAUGAUGAUGAUGAUGAUGAGGAGUUGGAGGAGGAAGAUGAGCCCAUGCAGGAGACAGCAGAGGUGGAUCAGAACUUCCGUAUAGAGCUGAUGAAGGUCUUGCAGAACCAGAAUGCCCUGGCCACGGAGGGCGACGGCAGCGAGGACGAGGAGAUGGAUGACGAGGCAAUGAUGAACCUGGACGGCAGCAUCGCCGCUCUCUUCCUGGAGCAGAAGAAGAAAACUGAGGCCAAGAAGCACGAGAAGGAGCGCGCUCGCAAGGAGAAGGUUCUAGUGAGGGACUUCAAGAUCAAGGUGCUGGACCUGGUGGAGGUGUUCCUGUCCAGGCAGGGCUCCAGCCCCCUGGUGCUGGGCAUGGUGGAGCCCCUGCUGGGGGUGAUCGAGGCAGGCAUGAGCUCAGACACAGACCAGCAGGAGCAGGACUUCCUGCGCAAGGCGGCCGACAUCUUCAGGAACCAGCUGUGCAGGGCCAAGCUGUACUGCAGGACGGUGAGCGACCGGCAGGCGGAGCUGCACGACCUUCUGGAGAAGCUCCUGACCAAAACCCAGAAGCUGUCAGACUCCUCCGUCUCUCUCUACUUCUUCAGUGCGUGUCUGUACCUGGUCAAGGUUCUCAGGGGCGCGGCGCCCUCCUCUGAGGAGAACACCAAAUCAGACAUCCUAACAGUAGAGAAGCUGAGCUUCUUGGGCAGUGUGGACCUGGAGAGGGUGACUGCUAUGUUCAAGGAGGCGCUGGUCUCCUUCAUGACGCGCAGGAAGAGCCCGCUCACAGGACACAUGUUCACCGAUCUCUUCACACGCUUCCCUGUCCUGUGUGUGAAGCUGUUGGACACCGCCGUCGAUCACAUCACCGCUGGCGUCCGCGACCACCAGCAGGGCCAGGCCUCAGCGCUGGUCCUGGGGGCGGUGCAGAACAGGGAGGUACAGGUUCUGCUGGCUGGCUCCCCCUGGACAGACCUGUGUCACAGGGUCCUGGAGCAGCUGUCUACGAGCCUGGAGGCUGUGGAGAAGGAGAUGGCGGUGCAGAGCAAGAACAAGGUGUUCCAGGAGAAGGUGCUCAAGGCUCUGGAGCUCUGUAACGCCCUGGUCAAAAUCAUCAACAAACAGAAGUUUCCGGUGGACCUCCAGCGUGUGCAGGGUGUGCUACGGUGUCUCUCUCAGGUCCUUGGCUUCAGGAGCGGUCAGCUGGCCGACAUCUACUGGGCCAUCAUGAAGCACUUUGGAGUCCAGAAGCCGAAACUUCCGAAGACCAAGCAAGACGUCCAGGAACAAGAAGCUCCAGCGAAGAAGAAGAAAGGUUUCCUUCCUGAAAGCAAGAAACGCAAAAACCGCAAGAAGCAAGUGCCCGUGUCGGAGAAGGGCGCUGCCGUGGCCAGCGCAGACCAAACUGGGGGAGGAGAGGGCAGGAAGAAGAACAAAAACAAGAGGAAAAGACCUGGAGCAGCAGGAGGAGGAGAAGGUCCUUCACAGCCUCCAGUCAAGAAGGCCAAGGCCCAGCCUCCAGGGAAGAUGAACCAGCCUCCAGGGAAGAUGAACCAGCCUCCAGGAAAGAAGAACCAGCCUCCAGGAAAGAAGAACCAGUCUCCAGGGAAGUUGAACCAGCCUCCAGGGAAGAAGCCCUCCAAACAGAAGAGAAAACAAAGCGAAGGAGGACAGUAGAGUCUCCACCCUGCUGCUUCAAGUUCUCACCCUCUCCUUCCCUCCCACUGGAAAGUUUGUCAUUAGGAACUUUCGAGUCCCCGAGGGGGCUUCUGUGAGCGGAGGCUUAGCGAGACUCCGACCACAGGCUGGGAGUUUGGACACGUGGGAGGUGUUCAGCCCCGGGGUGUGGAGAGAGCUUCUGUCAAUAACUGUUUUUUUUAUACAAAAUCAUGGACUGUGUUUUGGAGCCUUCUCAGGAAGGUGUGUGAGUGGUUUGUGUUGGGUUGUCCCGUUUGUGAUUUAUACAGCUCCCAGAUUUUUAAUUGAUUGGCCUUUGUAUUACAGUACCAUGUAUUACAGUACUAUAAAUGUAAUGAUGUGUGGCAGAGGUAAACAGCUGGACCUUCAUCUAAUUAAAGCAUAUAACACUG